AGUGCUAUAGUUGUAAAAAACUCUUGUUGUGUUUUCAAGUCCUGGAGUGCUAUAGUUGUAAUAAACUCUUGUUGUGUUUUCAAGACCUGGAGUGCUAUAGUUGAAAUAAACUCUUGUUGUGUUUUCAAAUCCUGGAGUGCUAUAGUUGAAAUACACUCUUGUUGUAUUUUCAAGACCUGGAGUGCUAUAGUUGUAAAAAACUCUUGUUGUGUUUUCAAGUCCUGGAGUGCUAUAGUUGUAAUAAACUCUUGUUGUGUUUUCAAGUCCUGGAGUGCUAUAGUUGAAAUAAACUCUUGUUGUGUUUUCAAAUCCUGGAGUGCUAUAGUUGAAAUAAACUCUUGUUGUGUUUUCAAAUCCUGGAGUGCUAUAGUUGUAAUAAACUCUUGUUGUGUUUUCAAAUCCUGGAGUGCUAUAGUUGAAAUAAACUCUUGUUGUGUUUUCAAAUCCUGGAGUGCUAUAGUUGUAAUAAACUCUUGUUGUGUUUUCAAGACCUGGAGUGCUAUAGUUGAAAUAAACUCUUGUUGUGUUUUCAAAUCCUGGAGUGCUAUAGUUGAAAUACACUCUUGUUGUAUUUUCAAGACCUGGAGUGCUAUAGUUGUAAAAAACUCUUGUUGUGUUUUCAAGUCCUGGAGUGCUAUAGUUGUAAUAAACUCUUGUUGUGUUUUCAAGUCCUGGAGUGCUAUAGUUGAAAUAAACUCUUGUUGUGUUUUCAAAUCCUGGAGUGCUAUAGUUGAAAUAAACUCUUGUUGUGUUUUCAAAUCCUGGAGUGCUAUAGUUGUAAUAAAUUCUUGUUGUGUUUUCAAGACCUGGAGUGCUAUAGUUGAAAUAAACUCUUGUGUUUUCAAGUCCUGGCGUGCUAUAGGAGGAAAUAACUGUUGUUAG